CUGAAAUACAGUGAAUAUAACAACGGCAUCCUCUUGUUGUGUGGGCAUGUGUUCAAGUCCUAAUGUCGUGCAUCCCGUAGGUGGCGACGAAGAAUAUGAUUCAAAACCGAUACCAUUGCGGAAGCGACAAUGCCGAGACUUGCCAUUUCUUGCCUGCUAUAUAUUAUUCGUUGCUGCAUUUGUUUCAAUAUCCAUGCACUGUUUUCAGAAAUGUUAUCCGUCGUAUGUAUGGGCUGGGACCGACUCAUGGGGGAACGUUUGUGGAGGCGAUCCAAGCUCUUCGCGUGUGGUUGAAGGCGUUAAAGGAUCAGGCGACGUAAAGGCCGAUUCGACGUAUUUGUGGAGAAUGCAAUGCAUCAAUACAACCUUGAGAUUCUGCGUUAAAAAAUGUCCUGAGUGGUUGGAGAACUCGUCUACGUGUUCCAACAUAUUUUGGAAAAAUGGCUACAACUUUAUCAAUGAUACAACAUUGAUAAAUGGAUGUGACGACGCGUGUGCACCAAAACGAUUGAAUGCCAGCAACAGCAUCGUUAUAUUGAACAGAUGUAUAAAGGAGCAACUGGUGGAGGGUGGUUAUGUCGAAAUUGCAGAGUUCCUCACUAUUUUCAGUUACGUCAUUGAUGAUAUAAUAAGCAGUCUGACUGCAAGCGGAUCAAUUUUCGUACUCAUACUUAUCGGUAGCAUAUUUAUGAACAUGCUUCUCGUUCGCUUUCCAAAAUAUGCAUCGCUGUGCUGUUAUGUGACAUCCUUCUUAAUGACAUCACUGGCCUGCUCAUACAUGAUAGCGCAUGUGGUCAAGUUACUUCCCGGCAUGACAGAUUAUGAAAACGCUGUUUACAACAAUAAAAGAUUAUUUACGACAUCGCGAACGAUUCCAUAUUUAUUAACAUCCGUAUUAACUAUUCUUCUGGCAUCGUAUCCACAAACAGGUGAACUGUAA